UUGAGAAUGAAGUUCCAUGUUAUUUGUCAUUCUACCCGCUCGUUUCCUUUCUACGGGAUUGAUCGGGGCGACCCAGUAGUAUGAGCUUCCUGCUACAUUGUGGUCUUCCCUCAGACUUCCUUUGCUCAUUUCCGAAUUAGUAUGGGGAAGAAAAGCAAGAAUACCGUGCAGACAGUCUGCUGAUGAGGAAAAUGUUGAAUCAAACCGUAAAAUCAUUUAUUUAAUGAUCUGCGGAGAACUAAAGGCAAUGGAGUCGAAUAUGGAAUCUAUCCAUCAGUCUUUUUUUUUUCAGCUGAAACAAGCUGAACACAAAGGAAUCAGCCGAAACUGAUCUGGUCACUGAAGAUGCUUCAUCAAAUAUUUACCUCAAACACUUUCCACUUGGCUUGCUUUUUGACCAAACCAGAUGGUCAAGAUUUCAGGAAUUUGGAUGAGUUAUGUUGGUCAAGUUUGUCAGUCCUCUCUCUACCUGAGAUUUCACUUACUGUGUGUAUCAUAAAAGCAUAACAAUAAGAGCCAUUAUGCGUGUCAGUUUUUUCCAUGCUCUGUUAACUGGAGCAAUAAUUUUAAACUUGCUCAUCCUAUAUUAUGUCUCCCGGGCCCAGCAGCAGAUGAUGGAGAAACGUCGGGAACAAGGUAAGGGCUUAAAGAAAGCCUCUCUUCCUGUGCCAGGACUGGGUAAUCUGGUCGGUGGAAGUAUAGUUGGAGGCGUCAAAUUGGGAGGCCUUGAGAGCAACACGCGUGGCCCUCGCAUCACAAUCCUUGUCCGUGAAUUUGAAGACUUUGAGAACUAUGUUGGUGAUGUUGCUCGCUCUUUUUUGCGCCAGAGACCAGAGUUGCCCUUCCUUGCUGUAGCCGAAAGUCCGCCCUACCCUCCGUUGGCUCUUCCCGAAGGAGCCCGGCUCCUGGUGUUGUCGCCGAGCCCUGACCAGCCUCCACAAACUCACCGUCCCGAGUUCAACGUGCAGACGGAAUUUGCUUUAUUAGUUCCAGACGGUGUGGAGCUGGACCACGGCCGACAAAUUGAGCGUCUCAUUCGGGAGCUGGAAGGAGAAGGUGGCGGGCCGGUCCGACUGGUUGCUGCGCCGGUGCUGACCCGCUCGGCAGUGCAAUGCCUGCACCUUCGGGUGAAUCUGCGGGAAUGGACCGCCACCUACACCCCUGCUGCCUCGGGGAGCAGUGGUAGCGUCUGCACAGCCCUCCAGGGAGACGCCGUGGUUCUCAUCCGUACCGAGGACCUCUUCAAUCUCUCUGUUCCUUUGGGUCGUCCCCUGAUGUCUUCCCUGUUUGUCCAAACAUCUCUGCGGGGAUGGAAGGUCAAGCUCCUGGAGGGACCUUCAUUCUCCGCCAGUCAUCGGCCGCUGUUUACCUCUGCGCACAACCAGUGGAAGGCGGAUAGUCGCCUGAAAGAUGCAACCAAUCACCUCUUGCGCAGCUUUGGCCUGAAGCGCGUGAUCUUGCCUGAUGGACGAGAUCAGUGGUUUGGCUGCAGUAAAGAGACGCCGCGAUGUUUCGGCACAGUGCGUGACGACACACCGGAAUACCUUUACGUGGAGCGCUGGACUCCACCCUGCUGCUUGCGCGCCCUCCGAGAGACCACCAAAUAUGUCGUCAAUAUCUUGGAGAGUUCUGGUGUGCGUUACUGGCUGGAAGGGGGUUCUUUGUUGGGAGCUGCCCGACACAAGGACGUAAUCCCAUGGGACUAUGACGUGGACUUGGGCAUCUACAUGGAGGACGUGCCGAAUUGCGACUACCUAAAGAACCUGGACUCCGGCUCACUGGUGGACGCUAACGGCUAUGUGUGGGAGCGAGCUGUCGAGGGUGACUUCUACCGCGUCCAGUAUAGUGAAGCAAACCAUUUGCAUGUAGACUUGUGGCCCUUCUACCCCCGUAAUGGAGUUAUGACCAGGGACACUUGGACUGAGCACAAACAAGACGUGGAGUUCCCAGAACAUUUCCUGCAACCUCUGGUGCCAAUGCCAUUUGCUGGCAUCACCGCUUAUGGUCCAAACAACCACCGUGCCUUCUUGGAACUCAAGUUUGGGGAAGGGGUUAUUGAGAACCCCCAGUAUCCCAACCCUGCCAAGAAAAGGCUGGACAGGAGUCGCGCGUUAGGGUCAUAGCAAGCAUUUUGCGCAAUACUGCGUUUCUGACAUUUAAAAAAAAAUCUUUGUAGAGUAUAACUACCAGACUAAAUGUUUUGGUCUUUGUCUGAACACUUGAAUGUUAGUGUUUCUUGCCAAUUUUAUUUAUUAUAUGUGUGUGUUAAAGUCUAAAUAGUCUAAAUAUACUGUGUAACGAUGGUAAUAAAGGUUUUUACACUGGCAUAAAGGUCAUAGCUUCUUUUUUUCAUAAUACAUGAUAUUAAACACAUAACAAAAGUUAAUAUUUUUUAACUGAUUGUGACAAGUUUUAAAAAGCCUGCAUCUUUCUUGAAAAACUGAUUUAUGUUUUGUAGGUCCACGAGUGAACCAUUUAAUAACCCAGUCAGCUCAAACCUUGAAAUAAUAACACCACUGGUUUUCAGAUGUUAUGGUCACUAUUAUACCACUAUGUAGAGUGUAGGAUGUUUUCAUUGACAUACAUGUUGAAAAAGACUGGAAUCCAUGACUUUUUGGUAAAUCUGAAAAGAAGCUAUACUGUUUCAUGCACCUAUUCACUUUAUUGAUACUUGCACCAGAUAGAUUAGACUGAUAUUGGUCUUGUUUUUCAUGUGUAUGAUUUGUUUUGUUUCUUUUUCCAUUUACAUAUUUAAAUUUUAGAUUUGAUUGUGAGACUGUUUUACUGAUUUUUUUUAACGAAUUGGACUGUUUUCUAUUCGUUCGUAUUUUGAUGUUGAUUUGUUUUGGCACCUUUGUUUCACAAAUGUUCUGUAUAGUACAUUACUUGCAUAAUGACAAUGAAAUAUUGAAAUGUAAAUGAUUAGGUAAUAACAAACAAUAACAUAACUUUACCACUUGCUGUGUCUUAACAUGUAAAUGCAUUUCAAAUGUCUGGAAAUUUCAAUAAAUCACAUGGAAUUAC